UUGCAGCCAAAACCACACAGCACCACGAUGGCCGAGCUUCUGAGUCAACCGGGCGUGCUCCUUGCGGGCGCCGCUGUCGUCGCCGGCGUUGGCGCCUACUUCGCCAUGGGCUCGUCCGCGCCCGCGCCGUCGUCGGCCAAGUCCAUCAAGAAGAAGGCGCCGGAGCUCCCGAAGAAGCUCAAGAAGAAGAAGGAGAAGGAGGAAGCCCCGGCGCCGGCGCCCGUUGCCGCGCCCGUCGAGUCGGAGCCCAUUGACUUGCAGCAGUUUGUCGGCGACUUUCCCGACUCGGAGGACGAAGCCGCUGCCCGCGCUGAGACCAACCGCAAGCGUAACGCCAAGAAGAAGGCCGCCAAGAAGAAGAAGGCGGCCGCUGGUACCGAUUCGGAGCCGGCGUCGGCGUCCGAGCCGGAGAAGAAGGUCAAGGCCAAGAAGUCCAAGGUGCCCAAGGACGCGGUGAGCGCGCCCAGCGUCGAACCGACGCACGCCCAGGAAGAUGGCUGGGAGACGGUCAAGUACAAGAAGCGCGGCUCCAAGGCGAACCUCGCGCCCUAAACGUAUCGACCUUGUGCGCCGAUCGCCAUACUAGUUUGUAGGAAAUGUAAUGAUGUCUUAGAGGCCGGAAGAGGGGACAUCGUUUAGAAUAAGUAGUCCAAAGAAGACCCCUUUCCCAUCUCA